AUGGUUCAAGCAAGACUACUGUGGUUCCUGGAAGUUCACUCCAUUUUGCCCAGUAACAUGACCGGAUUCCGCUGUAAACUCGCAACCAAGGACAACCUCUUAGAGCUCUGCUCUGCCGCCGAUGAUGCAAAAAAAAAAAGUGGUCUCGCGUUUCUGGCUGCUUUUGUUGAUGUAAGAAGCGCUUUCGACAUUGUCUCGCCAGAUGUGGUGUCAGCUCAACUUCAGAAAAUCAAGGUCACUGGUAGAACCCUCCGCUUUAUCACUGACAUUCUCAAUGGCAGAGCCACUCAAGUAAGACUCGGAAGUCAUUUGGGUCAACUCAAACAUUGCCCUACUGGAUUACCACAAGGAACCGUCCUGAGCCCGCAGCUGUUUAAUGUAGUAGUGUCUGGGCUUCCUGAAGCAAUUCCCAGCCUUUCCCAUGCUGUGCAGCUGACCAUGUAUGCAGACAACUUCACAAUCUGGACUGUUGGCAGCCGACUAGUACAACUGAAUCGCAACCUACAAAGGACCUUAAACCCCAUCAAGGAAUACUUGGACUCCGUGGGCCUCUCCAUCUGA